CCCCAACCCCCCAGUGGAGCUUGUCGGACUAAGACUCGGACCAUCUGGUUCUGGAUGGGGUCGCUGCACCACCAGGCGUUCUGCAGAUGGAGAGUUCAUCAUCAGGGCUCCUCUGGCUGAGUGUGGGAGCAGAGUGACGUUCACAGACGGUGCGGUUCUGUACAGCAACAUGCUGCUGUUCUUCUUCCCUGGAUCAUCGCCUGGUGACACGUUCCAGGUGGAGGGAGCUGCUGUUCCUGUGUUGUCAGCACAAACGAAGGUACAUGGUGAGCAGCGGAGCCCUGAGGCCAACCUGGACGUCCCUCAUCUCCGUCCACUCGGCUCAUCUCAGCCUGGAUUUCUACCUCAGCCUCAUGGCAGACGACUGGAGCAGUGAGAGAAACUCACCUGUUUACUUCAUGAGCGAGACGGUAAACAUCCAAGCCUCAAUAGACCAUCAUCAUCAUCACCCUCCUCUUCGUCUGUACGUGGGCAGCUGUGUGGCCACCCUGGCUCCUGAUGUGAAUUCCCACCCCAGAUACCCCUUCAUAGACCGCCAGGGAUGUUUCACAGACUCCCAGCUGAGCAGGUCCGGCUCUCACUUCCUGCCCCGGGUCCGGGAUGAACUCCUCCGCAUUCAGCUGGAGCCUUUCCUCUUCCAUCAGAACCGCAGAAACUCUAUUUACAUCACCUGCUACCUGGAAGCUCUUCCAAUCUUAAAGAAGGACCCAAAAACAAAAGCCUGCUCUUUUAUAGCUGGGAGGUGGAGGUCAGCAGAUGGGGACGAUCAUGUGUGCGAGAGCUGUGACAGAGCCGGAGAGACGGCUGAAAGCAGCAGUUCAGAUUUCACCCACGAGAGGGUGCAAAGGAGUAAUAGCACAGACGAAAUGAGCUGCACAGAGAAACAACUUUGGGUCCAAUCAUAUUUCUUCCAGAGCAAGAUGAUAACAGCAGGACUUGAUUCUGUAAAGAGGACUGAAUGAUUUAAUAUUGCUGCCAUCUGGAAGGUGUCUGGUUGGCAAUUAAAUUUAAUAAAAACCAAAGAUAUUA